AUGUCUGUAAGCUUCUAUUUCGUAAUUGUUGGCCACCACGAUAAGCUCGUGUUUGAAAUGGUAUUUUUGCCAGCUGGGAAAGCAGAAUCCAAAGAUGAACAUCGUCAUCUGAACCGGAUCAUAGCUCAUUCUGCUCUGGACCUCAUUGACGAAAACAUCUGGCUUUUCAACAACAUGUACUUAAAAACUGUGGACAAAUUCAAUGAGUGGUUUGUCACAGCAUUUGUCACUGCUGGGCACAUGAGGUUCAUCAUGCUGCACUACGUGAGGCAAGAAGAUCGAAUCAAGAACUUCUUCACUGAUGUCUAUGAUUUAUAUAUCAAAUUUGCCAUGAACUCCUUUUAUGAGCCAAAUUCUCCUAUUCAAUCAAGUGCAUUUGAAAGAAAAGUUCAGUUUCUUGGGAAGAAACAUCUUUUAAGCUAA